CCUUGAUACCCUUUCAAUCCAAAGCUACGCUCCCACGCAUUGACAGCAUGGCCGACGACUCCUGGGAUAGCAAAGCCAUCACUGUCUCGCGCGGGCGAGGCUUUGGCCCUUGGUACUCUGUGAUGCGCUGGAUUGGGAGGCGAUGCUCUUCCCACUUCUUCUCAUCCGUAGAAGUUAUUGGUGGUAGCUCGAUACCAAAGGACGGGCCCUUUCUCCUCGUCUGCACCCACUUCAGUACCAUCAUGGAUGUGGCCAUUAUCUCAGCGCACUUGCCGCACAAUAGACCCAUUCAUUACUGGGCAAAGAAGGGGCUUUAUAGAGGCAAGCUCUUUGCCUGGAUCUUGAACGACUCGGGAAACAUUCAGGUCGACAGGCAGAACAAGAGCAACCAGGAUCUCUUCAAGGGGACGUUCGAUGCUAUGCAAGCUGGAGAGGCCAUCGGUCUCUUCCCAGAGGGCGGAUCGUAUACGGAGCCAAAGCUGCACACGGUCAAAGCAGGCGCGGCUUGGGCUGCUCUCGAGUACGCAAAGUUCCUCGCCCUGGAUGACGAGGGCAACAUCAAGGCCGACAUCAAGACGGACGUCCGCAUCGUCCCAGCCUCGAUCAACUACACCGAAAAGUCGCGAUUCCGCAGCAAGGCUGUUUUCCACAUCGGCGAGGCAUUUUCGGUCGACGAGUACACUCAAGAGUUCCUCUCCGCCUCCUCCACGUCGACGGAUGGGCCGACAGCGCAGGACGCAACGAAACUCGGCGCCGAUCCUAGCAUGUACCUCUCUGCUCCUCCUACUCCUGGGCCUGGGCAGGGUGGCAGUGACAAUGAAGGCGGCUACCUCUCUGCUGCGUCGGUCACCUCAGCAGCCAGCUUGACAGAUGGACAAGAGGCAGCCGUGCGCGAUGCUUUGAAGAGCAUCGGCUCGUCGGCGCACGGCGUCACCAGGCGUGGCGACCGAGGAGCAAAGGGCGCUGUACAGAAGCUCACCGAUCGUAUCUCCAACGAGCUCACGACGAUCACCAUCAAUGCGCCCGAUUGGCGGGUUUGGCAUGCUAUGAAGAUGGCGCGAGACCUCCUCUUCGGCGACAAUCUUGACGUGAAGCUCCUUGUGCCCAUCAGCAACGCUCUCAUUACCCUCUUCAUCGACGACGACCGAGCUCUGCCUCUGCGCCAGUCGGUCCUGGCCCAAGACGCACUCGUGCGCCUGCAGAUGCUCCAGCUCGCCUCUCGAACUGAUAUUCCGACGCUGAACGCCAUUGCACCCUCGGUCACGAGGACCAACUACGCCGUCCCCUCGCUGCCUCGCAUCGUUGGCAACCUCGCCUACAAUGCCGCCCUCUGCAUCGUCAAGGCACCCCUCUAUGGUCCUCUGUUGGCCUUUUAUUCACCGGCCUACUUUUGCGGGUGGUACAUGAGCUCGAACUACGCAAGACACGAGGAGGAGAGCAUGGCGAGCGUCAAGACACUGACCGGCUUCCCCGUCGCCUUUGUCCUACACGCCAUCUUCUUCCUUCUUGUCUCCUCCCUCUUCCUCUUCACCCCACCCGGCCUCAUCCUCGCUGCGGCCCUCUCAGUCGCAAUGCGCGUCCUCACUGAGCGCUUCGUACUCGACGAUGCCUACCGGCACAUGAAGUUGCUUGUCGCCUACUCCCGCCUCUUCGCCAUCCAGGGCUCAGGUGGCGCAGGCCAAAUGAAGGGCCAUGAGCCAGAGCUGGCAGUUAUGCUAGCAGCGGUGCAGGAGGCUCAGCCAGUGCAGUACACGAUCACCAGGGCUUUCAAUCCUCAUCGUAAGGGCAAGGGCGGAUCUAGCAGCAAAGGUGGUCGCGGCCCAGCAGACGCGGCGGACCUUCUCGCCAGUAACAAUGGCGAUCAUGGCCAUUCCGCAUCAGCCGCGCUGGCCAGCACGGGCGGGCAGUCUUUUACUGGCCGCAAGAGGCUGAGGCGUCCGGCUGCUGUACGCUGCCUCAGACUGGCGCUUCAGACGAGAAGGGAGACACGGCAGGUUGUCCAGUCGCUUGCCGCGGCGGCCAUCUCAUCUUCCUUCCUCACCCGAACCACCACUCGUCGCCAUUGUCUCGCACUACCGACAAAUUUCGCAUCUUACCCGGCAGCAGGGCUUGGCAGGAUGCCUACGGGUCAGAAGCGCAAGCGUCCCUCGACCUCUACCUCUUCGUUCGGCGGUUGCUCCCCAGUGCUGAAGGACCGCCUCGAACUAGUAGAGGUCAGCGACUUCGAACUUCCAGUACCCCAUCGGGAUCGGCCUUUCAACACAGAUCGUCAUCCCCUCAAUUGCCGCAGUCGUGGCCGGGCAUCAGCAUUAGCGUACAAUAUCAGUAGCAGCGUUCAUGGACCUGGCAGCACCAGCGAGCGCUCAUCCUACACGCAGUCUCGACGCCGCAAGAUCAAAGACCUGCUACUGGGGCCCAAUGCAAUCGGCCUGUCCUGCGAUGUCAUCAAUGGAUAUAUUACAAUGACGAUCGGCGGCAAGAUCAUCGAGACCCCGCCCUGUAAUCUUUCCUUCACCCUCAGUCAAACGAACAUCACGCCUUCGCCGGUGCCCAACAGCACGGGUCACGCCAAAUGGACCUCUCUCAAGCUGACUCGCAAUGGCGGAACGGUCUGCCAGCCCACAGGGACCACCCCAGCGUCGAGCUACAUCCUUAACAAGUACGAAGUCUCGAUCGAACAAUGUCGCCUCGACGGAACGCUUCACCGAUACCGAUACGAGCCCUCUGGAGCGUACGUCGCCCACAGUCAGUGGCCCAGCCUCUUCGCGGCACUUGCCGACAUGAUCACUGUGGACACGAGCGAGAGUUUGCUACACGCAGCUCCUGCGCCAGCUGAAAGUGCAUCAGCGCGCUACCUUAGCGGCAUCGCCGUUCGACUGCGCGAGGGUGACUCACGCUUCCCUCUGAGAGCAACAGCUAAUGGCAUGAGCGAGCUCUUUCUGCCUUACGGCUCGACUACAGAGUCACGCAUUCUCGAAGUUGGCGGGAGGCCGCCUCGGCCCGUCAAUAAGACCAUCCCGGUUGUACUCAACAUCUCAGCCAAUCUGGCCUCGCCUCAAGAUCUCAUUCUCUGCGCGGCGAAGGGCUCAAACGGCUACUUCGAGACGCUCCGCUACGCCCUCGUCUCUCGAGAGAAUCGCGGGUCCAUUAAUUCGUGGAGGGACUUCCGUCCUGCUGCGAUGGGCGUACCAGCGUGGUUCGUCGCCCUUCUCAUCAAUGCUGUCCGCCAUUCCCAAGGUUGUCACCGUGACGAGCUCAUGAAGGUGGUGGAUGUCAAGCUGUAGCAGAUCAAGAGAGCGGGGCAAGCGCGACAUUAGAUUUGCAAAGAGCGCCACUUCCACAGUGUACCUCGCCUACGAGUGGCCAAGUCCUCUUUCACCUAGCAUUGUCAUCUACUACCAAGCUGAGCAAUACAUUGAUCUCGUGACCC